AACACCAGACAUAGGGGAGGGAAAAAAGCGAAGUGAUCCAUUGAACCAAAAGUCUUUGCCCUCUCUUAAUUACGUAGUGGCCCAUAUCUUUUCUCUUUUUUUUCCACUUUAAAAAAAAAAAAAAAUCUUUCUUCUGUACUUGAAGACCUCUGGUUAUUGGUAAUUAGCUUGAGGAGAAUAAAACCAGCCGAUUGUGAGAGGGUGGUGCAUUGUGGAGCGAGAUGGCUAACAGAAUGGUUCCAUCACUCCUUCAUGGUCUCUUCUACCUAUCUCUGAUUCAGCCCUCUCUUCAAGGAGGUGUGUAUGUGCCGGCUGGUGCUGGAGUCAGACCAGGAGCAGGAGGAUCUGGACCAGGUGCUGGUCUCUACCCAGGAGCUGGUGGGAUACCCGCAGGAGCAGGCUACAAACCAGCUAAAACUGGUGCUGGAGGAUAUGGAGGACGGGCUGGUGUUGGUGCUGGAGGUCUGGUCCCUGGUGGCGGGGCUGGAGGCAUAGGAGCAGGAGGCCUCGGAGGAGGAGGAGUCGGUGGAAAGGGCCCCAAGCCUGGUUAUGGAAACCUUGGUGCUGGUGGUGUUGGGGGUGGUGGUCCUGGUGGUGGAGGAUAUGGAGCUGGUCCUGGAGCCACCGGUCUAGGAACAGGAAGCUUUGGAGGAGGAGGAGGAUACGCUAAGCCUGGAGCUGGUUAUGGAGGAGGCUCGCCGUAUGGUGGCUCGACUUAUGGAGGAGGUGGUGCUGGGAGCUUCUUCCCUGGAGGUGGUCUGGGACAGAAGGCAGGACCCAAACCAGGCUAUGGGGCAGGAGCUGGACUACAACCAGGCUAUGGUGCAGGUGGACUACAGCCAGGCUAUGGCGGUGGUGGAUUACAGCCAGGUUUAGGGGGACCUGGAGGCGCGGGAACAGGAGCUGCGGUGCCUGCAGGAGCACCUGUUAUUCCUCAGACUGGACUACCUGGAGGUGGGCUGGGACCUGGUGCCGGAAAAGGAAAGGCUCCAAAAGGAGGAGUGCCAGGUGUGGGGGUGCCUGGACUUUACCAAGGUGGCCAGGUGCCAGGACAAGGGUUUGGUGGUCGUGGAGUGCUGCCUGGUGUGGCCACUGGGAACGGACUCAAUCCCAAAUCAUUGCCAGGUGGAGGACAACAGGGACCAGGAGGCUCAGGUCGUGUUGGUUACGGAGGACCAAUGCAGCCAGGAGUAUUCCAUGGAUACCCACUCAAAACACCCAAAACACAAGGUGGCUAUGGAGCGAAAGCUGGAGGAGCUGGAGGCAAACUUCCAUUUGGAUACGGGGGCUUUGGUGGUGGUGGUGGAGCAGGCCUUCCUGGGGGAAAAGGAGGACCUGGAUCCAAGCCUGGAUACCCCAUUGGAACUGGUGUGGGGACAGGAGGUCUUAACCCGGCCCAGGCUCAAGCUAAAGCUGCUAAAUAUGGUGCUGGUUUGGGUGGUGUGCCUGGUGCAGGUGGAGCCUACCCUGGAGCGGGAGGAGCUUACCCUGGAGGAUAUAAUCCUGCUGCAGCCAAAGCUGCUAAAUAUGGAGUCCCAGGAGGUGCAGGGGGCGUCCCAGGUCUUGGAUCAGUAGCAGGAGGAGCAGGAGGAGUACCUGGAGGGGUACCCGGAGGAACUGGAGGAUAUAACCCUGCUGCGGCCAAAGCUGCUAAAUAUGGAGUUCCAGGGGGUGCAGGAGCAGGCCUAGGAGCUGGAGGACUUGGAGGAGUACCAGGAGGGGGAGGUGUACCUGGGGCUGGAGGACUCCCUGGAGGAGGUGCAGGCGGUCUUCCAGGUGCUGGAUCAGUUGCAGGAGGAGUAGGAGGAGUACCAGGAGCUGGGGCUGGAGGAUAUAAUCCUGCUGCGGCCAAAGCCGCUAAAUAUGGAGUUCCAGGAGGAGCAGGCGCAGGCUUAGGGGGAGCUGGAGGCUAUGGAGCGGGAGCCAGGCCUCCCUAUUAUGGUGUUCCAGGGAGUGCUGGAUUUGGGGGAGCAGGGACUUUUCCAGGGGCUGGAGGAUACAACCCCGCCACCAAAGCUGCUAAAUAUGGAAUACCAGGAGGUGCAGGAGCAGGCCUAGGAGCUGGAGGACUUGGAGGAGCAGGAGGAGGGGUACCAGGGGCUGGAGGACUUGGAGGAGCAGGAGGAGGGGUACCAGGGGCUGGGGGUGGAGCAUACAAUCCUGCUGCCGCUGCCAAAGCUGCUAAGUACGGGGUCCCAGGAGGUGCAGGGGCAGCACUAGGAGCUGGAGGUCUUGGAGGAACAGGAGGGGUACCAGCAGGAGGAGCUGGGGCUGGAGGGUAUAAUCCUGCUGCUGCCAAAGCUGCUAAAUAUGGAGUCCCCGGAGGUGCAGGAGCAGGAGGAGUACCUGGAGGAGGAGCAGGGGGUGUACCUGGGGCUUUAGGAUAUAAUCCCGCUGCAGCCAAAGCUGCUAAAUAUGGAGUUCCAGGAGGUGCAGGAGCAAGUCUAGGAGCUGGAGGACUUGGAGGAGGAGGGGGUGUACCUUGGGCUGGAGGAUAUAAUCCCGCUGCAGCCAAAGCUGCUAAAUAUGGAGUUCAAGGAGGUGUAGGAACAGGCCUGGGAGCAGGAGGACUUGGAGGAGCAGGAGGAAUACAGGGAGUACCUGGAGGAGGAGCAGGGGUUGUCCCUGGGGCUGGAGGAUACAAUCCUGCUGCCGCUGCCAAAGCUGCUAAGUACGGGGUCCCAGGAGGUGCAGGGGCAGGCCUAGGAGCUGGAGGUCUUGGAGGAACAGGAGGGGUACCAGCAGGAGGAGCUGGGGCUGGAGGGUAUAAUCCUGCUGCUGCCAAAGCUGCUAAAUAUGGAGUCCCCGGAGGUGCAGGAGCAGGAGGAGUACCUGGAGGAGGAGCAGGGGGUGUACCUGGGGCUUUAGGAUAUAAUCCCGCUGCAGCCAAAGCUGCUAAAUAUGGAGUUCCAGGAGGUGCAGGAGCAGGUCUAGGAGCUGGAGGACUUGGAGGAGGAGGGGGUGUACCUUGGGCUGGAGGAUAUAAUCCCGCUGCAGCCAAAGCUGCUAAAUAUGGAGUUCAAGGAGGUGUAGGAACAGGCCUGGGAGCAGGAGGACUUGGAGGAGCAGGAGGAAUACAGGGAGUACCUGGAGGAGGAGCAGGGGUUGUCCCUGGGGCUGGAGGAUAUAAUCCUGCUGCAGCCAAAGCUGCUAAAUAUGGCUAUGGGGGAUAUGGAGGGGCAGGAGCAGGAGGAUAUAAUCCUGCUGCGGCCAAAGCUGCUAAAUAUGGAGCUGGAGUAGCCGGCCUAGGAGGAGCAGGAGGAGGGCCAGGGACUGGGGCUGGACCAGGAUAUGGAGGCUAUGGAGGAUAUGGAGGGGUACCAGCAGGAGGGGCUGCCGCUGCUGCCAAAGCUGCUAAAUAUGGAGUUCCAGGAGGAGCUGGAGGGGUACCCGGGGCUGGAUAUGGAGGACAUAAUCCUGCUGCGGCCAAAGCUGCUAAAUAUGGAGUUCCAGGAGGUGCAGGAGCAGGCCUAGGAGCUGGAGGACUUGGAGGAGCAGGAGGAGGGGUACCAGGGGCUGGAGGAUAUAACCCUGCUGCGGCCAAAGCUGCUAAAUAUGGAGUCCCCAGAGGUGCAGGAGCAGGAAUAGGAGCUGGAGGAGCAGGAGGAUUACCAGGAGGAGGAUUACCAGGAGGAGGGGGUGUAACUGGGGCUGGUGGAUAUAAUCCCGCUGCAGCCAAAGCUGCUAAAUAUGGAGUCUCAGGAGGUGUCGGAACAGGCUUGGGAGCAGGAGGAGUACAGGGUGGAGUAGGAGCUGGAGGAUAUGAUCCCGCGGCCAAAGCUGCUAAAUAUGGUAAGCCAAACGGGGUGGGCAUCGGUGGAGAAGGUGUGCCAGCACCAGCAGCGACUCCAAGUCCAGGUGUGGGCGUGGGUGGUGGUGUUGGAGGAACUGCCAUUGAGCGCACUGACUUACCAGUGGGCACAGGGAUACCUAUCGCAGGCAAACCAGAUCCCACACCUAUUGGCACACAGGCCACAGAGGCCCCAGAGCCAGAGCCCAGUACCACAGGAUUACCAGGAGUUGGUGCUGGGGUUCUUCAACCUAGUGCUGGUACAGGCCCAGCUCAGCCUGGUGUGGGUGUCGGAGCAGGUGGCAAAGCUCCUAAACCGCCUGGUGCAGGGGGAUACCCGUAUGGUGGUUAUGGACAGGCAGGACGACUCCCAUAUGGUCAUGGACAGGGUGCAGGUGGAUAUCCCUAUGGAGGAGGCUAUGGAACUCCAUACGGAGCAGGAGCUGGACAACUUCCUGGAGCCAAGCCCCUGAAACCUCCAGUUGUGGGAGGAGCAGGCGGUGUGGCUGGAGGAGCAGGUAUUCCUCUUACUGGAGCCGGUGGUGGUGUAGGGGGAUACCCGUAUGGUUAUGGUCAAGGUGGUUAUGGACAGGGACAGGGUGCGAGGUAUCCUGCUGGUGUUGGUCUGGGAACAGGGGCAGGGGCAGGAGCAGGUCAAAAAGCACCCAAACCCCCAGGUUAUGGUAACCUGGGUGCUGGUGGUGCUGGUUAUAAUCCAGGUGCUGGUGCGGUCCCAAAUUACGGAGGUGGCUACCCACAACAACGGGGCUACCCACAGCAAGGUGGAGGCUACCCACAGCAAGCCUACCCGGGAGCAUAUGGAGCAGGCCAGACGGCACCACUGACUCCUCAACAAGCCAAAGCAGCCAAGUAUGGCCCACUCCAGAGCUUCCUUGGUGGAGCAGGAGGAGGAGGCUACAGACCAGGAGGAGUUGCUGCUGGAUGCCAAAGCAAAUACUGUGGAAGGCGGAAGUAGAGGAUGUUCUUGAGAAGAAGUUGAAUUUCAAGAAACAAUGGUGCUACUGCAUUAUCUAGAAUGUACAUUUUAUAUGCACAAAAUCCCCCAUUACAGUAUGUAAAGAUAUGUUGUACUUUAUUUGAUAUUUUUUAUACAAACCCACCGACCCAGACUUUUGCACACAUUUGAUGUGACUUGGUGUUAUUGAUUGUGCCUUUAUCGUUACAGUGGUCAUGGUGCUCAUCAUCUCUUACUGACAUGCCUGCGAUGCUCCCCUUUUAGUAGCUAUACUCAGUAGUUGUGUGUGCGUGCAUGUGUGUGGGCAUGUUUGUGUGGAUGUUUGCCUAUGUGGCUGUGUGUACGUGUGCGCUUGCACGUGUUGCCAUAGAUGUGUGCGUGUUUGGGUAGAAAGGAGAAUGUGAAAGAUUCUCCAGCCAUAGAAGCACCAGUUCUCUGACAGUACAUCCCUCUACUGCAGUAUCCCCAAUUGCUUCGUGUCUGUGUGUACCAAAGUUGGAGAUCUUCACAUACUGACACGUCAAACUAAGGGUUGAGCUUCAAGAGGUAUGGUUGGUAAAGUGCUGAUAAACUUUGGCCAUGUAUCAGAACUGCCUCCUCUGGCUUUCUAUCAUCUCUGCUGCUAUUUAUAGCCCUGGGUGAAAUAGCAGUGGCAUAGCGGGUGUGUGUGGGCACAGGUUUCACAGUCCAUCUGCCAUCAGUAACUAUUUUAAGUGCCAUGGUUUAAGUAGCCUAUCUUCAGCCUUCUUACCUUGAUUUCCGCCAAACUUGUGAAGUAUGAAGAGCAGGUUUUGCUCUGAAUGUGGGAAAGCUGAUGACAAUCAAUCCAAAGGUGUUCAAAAGAUUUGUAGGUGAUCUUUAGUGAUAUUCAUAUCAUACACAUUGUGUCGGUUUGUACCAAUCAUUUGAAAUGCGGUGUGUUUUGUUUCUUAAAUGAUUGGUAUGUUUUUAGUUUUUAGAAAUGCAGGUUUUACAAAAAUGUAAAAGUAAAAUUAAAAUCCAUUCGAUACUGCUCUGGCAUGUAUUGUACAUUAUGUAUGUAUGACAUGAACAUUUUGUUUUCUUAAUUAUGUAUCAUUUUUCUGGUGUCCAAGAUUAAGUGCCUAGAAUGUUAUGCCUAUCUGGAAUCAUUCUAGUUUCACAUGCAGUCAUAGUUUAAUUUAUGCAAAUUGCAUUAUUCAAGUUUCAAAUGUUUCUGGUCAGAAAAGUAGACUCAAGAUUUGUGUAAUCUAGAAUAAGGCAACUAACUGUAUGUUGUAGUAAUAGCCCUAGGUUAUCAUGACUCUCACUCUCUUCAGUUCUUGUAGCCUACUCCGUGAUGGUUUUUAUGAACUGUGUGAGCCGCACCUGUCAGGGGCCGCUGCCCUGUGCCGUGGGAUAGUAUUCAUCUGAUUUUCACAGCACAUUUGACUUGUGCCCAGCAAUACCGACCUUUUAUUUGCUUCAGUAAAAAAACGAAAUAAAAUUGUUUUAAUGAAUACA